AUGGUGGAGGUGCUUCCGACGGUGCAAGGCGAACUGGUACAGCAGUGUUUGGAGAAAUCGAGUGCUAAAUAUGUUGAUUCGGCAAAAUCCGAUAUUCUCGGUGCCUUAGCGGAAUUUAAGGAUUUAAUACCCGAUAUCGAGAGUUUCACAUUUCCGGAUGGCACAACGAAAACAGCUUUCCGCCUUCGUGGAACAAUUCCAGGUGCUAGAUAUAAUAUCCCGAUAUCUGUUUAUCUGUGGGAUACGCAUCCCUACUAUGCUCCGAUAUGCUAUGUUAAUCCAACGUCUUCUAUGGUUAUACGUGAAUCAGAACACGUAACGAAGCAAGGACGCAUAUUUUUGCCGUACCUUAAUGAGUGGAGAUUCCCAGGCUACGAUUUGAAUGGCUUGUUGCAGGUGAUGGCUAUGGUGUUUCAAGAAAAAUGCCCCGUUUUUGCUAAGACUUCCUCAUCUAAUAGUAGGUUAGCAGCAUCGUCGACAAUAUCGCAACCAACACCAACUUAUCCGACACCGUAUCCACCCACGAAUCCAUCAAUGCCAACUCCAUAUCCGACCAGCGCGAUGCCGUUUUCUAGCCAAACUCCUUAUCCUUCUGCUAACACCCAUUUCGGAAGGUUGUAUUUAUCAUUCGUUCAAAAAUGUUUACUUGCAUCUAUGAAUACACCUUACCCGCAAUCGAACGUUCCAAUUCGGACACCACCUCCGAUUCCAGCUCCUCCUAUGUCUACGGCUGGUCAUUCUACGGGUUUGGAACCAGAACACAUUCGGAGGUCAAUCAUGACCGCACUGGAAGACAAACUGAAGAUACGGUUGCGAGAGAAAAUGGGUACGUCCCACGCUGAAAUGGCAUCAAUUCGUGAAACUCAUUCGGAACUGCUGGCUGGACAGAGAAGUAUCCGUAGGAUGAUUGAAGAGCUAGAGAAACAACAGAAGUUUUUCGAGUCGUACAUUUUUGCACACCAGGAUAAGAAAGCUGAGCUGAUGCGCACAUUGGAAGAAUGCAGUGAUAGUAAGAAUGAUAGUAAAUCUGUAGAUAUCGACAAUGCUAUAGACGCAGCUACACCACUACAUCGUCAAAUUCUUAAUAACUACGUUCAAGAUUUAGCAUGCGACGACGUUAUAUAUGCGCUUGGUCAAGCUCUGAAAGAGAAGAAGAUCUCUGUACAAGAGUAUUUGCGAUAUGUUCGGGAUAUUUCACGAAAGCAGUUUAUUUUUCGGGCUACUAUGCAGAAAUGUCGAAAAACAGGCGCAUUCCAGAAACUUAUUGGGAUCCGUUCUGGAGAUAUGCAGGCUAUAAAAUGUGUUGUUGUUGGUGAUGGAGCUGUUGGUAAGACAUGUCUACUGAUUUCGUACACCACUAAUGCUUUUCCGGGGGAGUACAUACCAACGGUCUUCGAUAACUACUCGGCUAAUGUGAUGGUAGACGGUCGUCCUAUUAAUUUAGGUUUAUGGGAUACUGCAGGACAAGAAGACUAUGAUCGACUUCGCCCUUUGUCCUAUCCGCAGACAGACGUUUUUCUUGUCUGUUUCUCACUCGUGAAUCCAGCGAGUUUCGAAAACGUCCGUGCAAAAUGGUACCCUGAGGUUUCACAUCAUUGUCCUACCACACCCAUCAUUCUUGUUGGAACGAAGGCUGACCUACGAGAUGAUGGAGAAACUAUUGAAAGGCUUCGAGAGCGCAGAUUAACACCUAUCAGCCAAACUCAAGGGCUGGUUAUGGCAAAGGAGAUCAAAGCUGUUAAAUAUCUUGAGUGUUCUGCUCUUACCCAGCGGGGUUUGAAGCAAGUUUUUGACGAAGCCAUUCGCGCUGUGUUGUGCCCACCGCAGAAACCGAAGAAGAAGAAAUGUUCAAUAUUAUAA